AACAACAACAACAACAACAACAACAAUAACAAAAACAACAAAAACAACAAAAACAACAACAACAACAACCACAAAAACAACAACAACAACAACAACAACAACAACAACAACAACAACAACAACAACAACAACAACAACAAUAACAACAGCAACAUCGAAAACAUCAUCAUCAUCAACAACAACAACAACAACAACAACAACAACAACAACAACGACAACAACAACAACAACAACAACAACAACAACAACAACAACAACAACAACAACAACAACAACAACAACAACAACAACAACAACAACAACAACAACAACAACAACAACAACAACAACCACAACAACAACAACAACAACAACAACAACAACAACAACAAGAACAGCAGCAAAAGCAAUAACAACAUUAACAACAACAAUGACAGCAACAACAACAACAACAACAACAACAACAACAACAAUUACAAUAACAACAAAAACAACAACAACAACAACAACAAUUACAAC